CGCCUGGGGGCAUGGGGUACCCGCGGAAAGGAAAAAAACACAUAAAAAAUCAAUCUGUCACAUGAGUCACACACCAGGGGGAUCCACACAGACCCGAGCCCAUUGCGCGAAGAUUAAACAGGCGGCACUCGCAGAAUGCCACCUGAUGGGGGGCAAUUGUUGGGGGUAUGGCUCGGGUCUAGUCGCGCCAAGGAGGCAGCCCUUGAACUAUCCCAGAGGAGCCGAGCGCGCUAGCACCGCCACGCCCGACUUUUGCAGCAACGCGCGGAGAGACCACGUCCGCGAAGAAGACCGCCUUCGCGGAACUCCAUCCGCGAGGGCGGAGCAGGCCGCAGUAACCAAUGUUCCAAACAACACCGUUUCACUCAAAACUCAGGCUGGAUUAAGAAGUCAGGAAACGACACUGUAUCCCCUGAAGAGUGGUCACAUCCUAGUACUAGGUAUAAUCGUGGGGAAAAGUGUCUAGCUUCAGAUAGAGGUAUGGUCUAAACGCCUGACAAGUUAGUAGUCAUGUCGCAUUAAAUACUUACCCACCACCAUGUAGCCUAUAAAUAAGGCAAUUACUCUGGUGGGUGAGGAGAUCGCAUUUUUCACUCUCUCACUCUAUACUAAGGAACUUUCUCUCUCUAAAGAAUUCUCUCUAUCCUGAUCAUCCUAUUGCUUACUCUUCUCGCCCCUCUUUUUCCUGAGUCUCCCUCCUACUCUCAGUUAGACUCAAACACUUUCCUCUUCGCCGACCUAGUUUUUAAUAAUGUAAAAAGUUUUCAAUGCCCUUAAUGAAUAUCAUAUUCUUAAUACGUGACAACCAUGUUCUAGCCCGUCCCCACUCUCUCCUUUGAUUGACCCACAUUACUGCCAAACAAAAAUUGAUCGGUAUUCUAACUGAUUCGUAACUAACACACGUUUAGGGAUGGCAAUGGGUAGGGUCGUAACUAACCCGCCGGGUAGAGCUUUCUAAAACACCCGACCAAAUAACCACCGGGUAUGAAAAUUAUAUCACCAUACCCUACCUAUCGGGUAACCCCGGGUAUUCGGGUAACCAUGGGUAUGAAUCCUAAACUAUGAACUUAUACACAAAUAUGCACAUACAUACUGUUGCCCAUUAAAAAUUCUCAAUACUUGUAACUGUUCUAACUUCAACAAUCCACACAAAUAAAAACAACAAACACAUAAUAAUUGUUCUUGCUUCUACAAUCCACACAAACAUAAUAAUUGUCUACAUCUUCAUCAUCAAUAAUGGUAGCUAAACUCAAUUUCUCAAGCUAAAAUAAAUUUCUCAAGGGAAAUUGACCUUUUGGUUAGCGGGGCGGGUAUUAUCGAUUACCAUACGUGUAUCCUACCCUUUAUUUUGAAUCCGGGUAUUACCCGUACCCGCCCCUUAACCCGUCAAAGCGGUUAAUUACCCUCAUUGACCGGUUACGGUCGAGUAGGAUACCCAUAGUUACGGGUUGGAUUGACAUCACGUUAUACCAGAUCCAGCAGGUCGACAUUUCACUUAUGUGACAACCAUGUUCUGCACACAAACGACCAACCAACACCAAGCCCAUUUUCGGCGGGAGAGAUUCAUAUUCACACCAUUAGAGCAUCACAACCCAACUACUUGUGACAAAGCGAGUCACGAAUCAUCCACGAAAAAAUAUGUGUACGAUGGUUUGGCAAUGUCCCCCAUGCGAAACCGCACCGACGGUCUGACAAGAAAAAAUAUAAUCUGAAAUUGGGACUAGAUACUAUAACAACACUCUUUUUGUUGUUAUUGUAACAACACUAGUCUCCAACCAAUAGGGAGCUAGGAUUGUGAUGACUUUUUAUUAGUUGAGUUGACCUAGUGUAAAAUCAAAGCAGGGGCAUAAAUGUCAUUAUGAAAAAAUAAAAAAAUAAAAAAUAUUUUUUUAUUUUCUGCCCAAAAUUUUGAUCGCCGGAAUUCGGCCACCGGCCGCCGGAAUCUGGUCUCCGAUCACCGGAAUAUGCUAUUUUCUCAUCGGAAUAUGCCACUGUCGCCGAAAUAUGCUUACCGGCGUCGAAAUAUGCUUACCGGCGUCGGAAUAUGCCUAUAGGCGCCGGAAUCCGGUCACUGACGGUCAUCGGAGUAUGGUCAACGAUUUUUGUUGACCGGUCAACGGUCAACGACCACCAGAUGUUAUGGUCUGCAUUGUGAGAUUUAUGGUUUGGUUUCUCAUAUUUUUGUAUGCCUUUUAUUGUUUGUUUUAUCGUGUUUGUGGUUUGCAUUAAGAAGUUUCUCGUUUGCUUUAUCAUGUUUGUGGUUUGCAUUGGGAAGUUUCUGGUUUGCUUUCAAAAAUUUUGUGGUUUGCUUUGCGUGAUUUCUGGUUUGUUUUAAUAGAUUUUUGGUCUGCAUUAGGACGUUUCUGGUUUGUUUUUGUGGUUUGCUUUAUCGUGUUUGUGGUUUGCAUUAUGAGGUUUCUGGUGUGUUUUUUAAAAUUCUGUGGUUUGAUUUGCGGGGUUUCUGGUUUGUUUUAGUAGAUUUUUGGUCUGCAUUAGGACAUUUCUGGUUUGUUUUUUUUUGUUUGCUUUAACGUGUUUGUAGUUUGCAUUAGGAGGUUUUUUGUGUGUUUUCGCAAAUGUUGUGGUUUGAUUUGCAAGGCUUGUGGUUUGUUUUAGAGAUUUUGUGGUAUGCAUUAGAAGGUUUCUGAUUUGCUAUUUUGUGGUUUUUUUAAUCACGUUUGUGGUCUGCUUUAGGAAAUUUCUGGUGUGUUUAUUAAAGACUAGUGAUCUGCAUACCGAUAACUCCUAAAUGCAUACGAUAAACACUAUAAUACACUAAAAUACAUUAAAAAGAGAGAGCUUUGUGGAAUAUUCCUUGGUGGGUUUGUGGAAUAUUCCUUGGUGGGUUCUUCUUUCAUGAUGGUUGGUGAGUAAUUAAUUAUGGUGAUAUGGAAAUUUAUGACUAGUAGUGUGAUUGUGUCUGACUGCUCUAAUUGUGCUGGAUUGCACACUUAACAACCAACUCGGAUGGUAAUUAAUUAGCAGCAAGAUGAAACUAUAAACCAGUUGAACUCGAAGUGUGGUGCAAAGUGCAAACGAGACCAUAAUCAAACGACAGUGUUGCUGAUUCUCAUUCUGGUGGAAGAAGAGAGAGCUUGUUCGAGGAUGAAGGGAGACCGCUCUCAGCCACGAUCUGCCGUCGAUGAAGAAGAACGAGGCGGAGAGAUGAGUUUUGUCGAAGAGCUUCGACGGAGGAUGAUGUGAACGGCGGAGAGACGAAAUCUGGCGAAGAGAUCCGACGGAGGAUGAUGUAAACGGCGGAGAGACGAGAUCAAGCAGGAACCCGAUUUUGCGGCACCAUCGCUGCGGUUACUAUGGAGAUUUGUAGUCGCUGACCUGCGAGGCGCGGCCAUCACCAGAUCUACAACGACAGAGGUUAUCGGCACCUGCGGGAAUGUGAAGGAGUGGCUGUCACUCGUCUGAAUCGGCGUCGGCGCCGGCGUCGGAAGGAAAAAAAAAUAAAAACAGGAGGAUUGGCGACCCGACGUCGGAAGAAAGAAGAAUAUCGUGGGAUGAGAGGAGAUCCAUAGGGACGGGAGGGGAUUGAGAUUUGCAGAUGGGAUUAGAAAAUUAGUUUUUUAAUUUUAUUUUGUUAAUUCCCCUUUUACCCCUGUGAUUACUAUAACAACACUUACACUAUGUUUGGGAAGAGGUGUAAAUGGAGGGGGUGCAAGUUUGGAGGGGUAAACACAAGUUCCAAGGUGUUUACCCCCGUUUGGUUAUUUUGUAACAGUAGGGGGUGCAAAACGUGAGCGUAAAUUCACUGUUUCGGCUUAACCCCAAAUUGGGGUGCGAAGGAAGGAAGAGAGGGGGAAGGGGGAGGAGGAAAAUUAUGAAUUUUUAAUUAGAUUAUAAUUACAUAAUAAUUAAUAUUAUGAAUUUUUUCUUAUAUCUAUAUUAGUGUAGAAGUUGUUUGGGGUUGACCGUUUGACUCAGAGAGCAAGUUUGUCAAUGUUCGCCUCGUCAAAUCGAUAUCUCUUAGUUGACCCGAAUUUGCAUUGAAAAUUAGAGAUAAGAAGCAUUUGUUGAAAAGAUAGAGAGGAACAGUUUUGUUAACUCGAUUUACUUUAAUAAGUAGUUAAAACUUAC